AGGAAAUUGUUCUCAUCUAUAAAACAUGCCAUCUCCUGCAUUCAUUAAAGCCUCGGAGGGAGUGCGUGAAUUGACGAGCAAACCAUCAAACGAUGACCUUUUAAAGCUGUACGGGUUAUUCAAGCAAGCUACUUUAGGUGACAACGAGACCACUGAGCCAACGUUUGAUCUGAAAGCCCGUUUUAAGUGGAUGGCAUGGGCAGACCUUCAGGGCAUGAUCCCCGUUGAAGCUGAGACCCAAUACAUUGCUUUGGUUCAAGAACUCAAGGCCAAGCACCAAUAGAUAUCAUAUUAAAUAAAGUCACGGUUUUUCUAUUUUUAACUCUUUUUUUCUUUCUCUCUU